AUCUGUCACUCCACCCCUCUGCAUCUGUGAAGUCUAGCGGAGGAUCGCAGGCACAGAGUCACAGCAGCACCGGACCGGUAAUGGUAUGUGUGUGGCACACAUCUCAGUGCGCACUGCAGCUCUCCAGCCUCACUGGCACUGUCUUCUGUGAUCGUUUGUAAAUACAGCAUGUUGUUUGAGUGCUGCUGUGAGCUCGCACAACCUGCGCUGAUCAUAUAAACUCGAGACCAGAGAAACAGCUGAUCCACGGAUGGUCGUCUGGGGCAACAAUCACUGGAGCCAAACAAGUCUUCAGCCUCUGCUGUGAGGUGCAUUUGGUCGAUGAAGGCGACUCAUCAUUGUGAUGUAUAAUGGCUCCUGCUCUGAGUGCUAUGAUGGGGUCAGGGGCCGUGGGGUCACAGGUUGCGGGGGCGGCGAUGCUGGCUAAAGGGGAGCUGGCACUUGUAGGCACACUCACGGGACUCACGGCUUUCCUGCUGCUCUCUGUCCUGCUGCUGCUGUGUGCAAGCUGCCAGGGGCAGAAAAAAGGGGGGCCACCAGGAGACCAUGAAAACCUGAUGAAUGGGGUGUCAGAAAAGGAAACAUGUAGUCAGUCAGUAGAAAGUCAUGGCACUGACUUGGCAGUCAGCAGCUCCCAUAAUGGGCCUCUUACAAGUGGUACAGUACUCACGGACACAAUGGACACAAGUCCCCAGCCUUCAGAGGACAUGCUGUCCAGCCAAUCAGAGAUCAGAUCCUCUAAGUAUCACCAGGAUCGUGAAUUACCCAGCAUUCCACCCACCGAUACCCUCCAAGCAGCUGUGGUCAAUGCUCAAGUUGCCUCAGAUGGCACGUACGAAGUGGUAAAGGAAAACGCCUCCCGUGAUGUCAGUGUCGAGGACUGUCUGUACGAGACAGUGAAAGAGCUCAAGGACAUUGGCCUACCCAACGGUACAUUAAGCCCAGAGGAACCACCUGCACCUCUUCUCAAUGGCCACCCAAGUCCUGCUACACCAGACCACACCAUGCUGCCCAAUGGUGUCGAGUAUGCCUCCGUCAAUCUCAGCAAGAAGAGCCGCUACAGCACUGACCUGGAGGCUAGGCGCUCUGCCGCCAUUGUGAAUCUCACAGAUCCUGAGGACGAAAAACCACCUCCUAUACCAGACAAAGUACUGGAUGAGAAUGACAACCAGCAGAUUCCAAAUGGACAGUUACACUCCCCGCCAAUGACUCCAGAGCUUCAGGACAGUGUGUCUCCAGACAGUGAGUUAUCAGACAUGUACUCCAAGGUAGUGAAGAAUACUGUAAAGGAGACUGAGAAUGACUACAGCAGCAUCGGAGAGAUCAAAGGAAUGGUGCCGGAGUCGACUUCCAGUGAUCUUUAUGCCACAGUUGGGGAUGAUUACCCAAUGGCUCUUGGCUCCCAGCCUCCCGAGGGGCUUACAGAGAAUGCAGACCCUGAGUACGAGACCAUCAAGAUCGCCAAAGCCGCUGAAGAGGCUCAUCAGGGCAAUGGGAUCGUGGAACCUGACUAUGAGAGCGUGGGGGAACUGGGUCUGAACGGGGAGAUCUCUCGUCUCUGACCACCCUUCUAAGGGACUGUGGACAAUGAGAACUCACUUCUUUGAGGUUUAGAAGUGGAAUUUGGAGUGGUAUCAUAAGAAUAAUGCACUUAACCUUUCCUGAUUGAAUGUUUCUCAGUAUAGCAUUUAUGCACCCCUUUGUUUUUGAACAUUAUUAAUGAUAGGGUUCAUUCAGACCUGCGACCCAGGACAGGAAAUGAAACACUCUAGAGUCGCUCAGAAGAGGGUUUGUUAUUCUGUUCAUGUGGAUAAUUGGGGACCACAAACCCGAGGUGCCCCUAUAUCAGCUGUGCUCAUUGGCAUCAUUUAUGACAUACAUGUCUCCACCACUUUUUUGCCAUGGCCAGAUUUGUCCCCGCCAUUUUCUGAAAUAGCUUGCAAUAGGGAUGUAUCUAAUGCAGCAAUGUUCUCUCCAGCUCACAUGCCAUCUCAGAUAUCAAUAUAUAUGAUCCAAUCUAUUGCGUUUCCUCAGCUCAUUCCUGUUCUAGUGAAAUCACAAAACAAACUGCUAACAAUUUUGUUCCCACUACUGAUAUCCACUUAUGUAAAGCUGUAAUUAUGGUUAGAAUUCCAUUAGGGUGGAUUAGAAACCCAAACCCCUCAUAUACAAAGGAAUCAUCAAUGCUAGACCAAAGAUUCAGAAUUCAUAUGUAGAAAUAUAAAGCAAGAAUGACUGCUGCAUUGAGAUCUUAGCGACAAAUGUGCGACUGAAAUUAGUUUAAAUGAUUUAAAGACAUUUAUAAUGGUAAUGACUGACUCGAAAAUAGGCUACUACACACUUGAUCAGUAUAUUACAUAUACUACUUAUCAAAACAGUAAAAAAAAAAGAAGUUAUUUUUGCAUAUCCUGAUUAAUAUUCAGAAGCUAAGCCUUCACUAUUUUGUGACUUAACAGCACAUCUAUAUAACCCCCUUAUCACAUUUCUAAACAAAGUCACACCAGUGGCUGUUGUCUUAUAAGAAAUAUUGUAUUUAUAAAGAGUACUAGUUGUUUCAACGCUUUUGCACACCGCACCUGCUGUAAGCUGCACUCUGCCUGCCCGUUUUCACGUGAUACUAGUUGAGCAACUGACGGAGUGGUGUCCUUAUAUAACCCCGAAAAGAGAACCAAUCAAAUACAGUCAACAGCAGACCUCUCGGCUCAGACCAUUAAGGAAGUACACUCAUUUUAAUCAUUCAGAACUGCUGGAGCAUUUGGUUUUACAAGUAGUAAGCAAGUGAUGUUCACGUAACACAUAUCAAAAUAUAAAAGAAGAACAUUUAAGUGUAGCCAUCAUUCUGAGCCUUUUAACAUGUUUUAUAAUUAAUGUGUCAAAUGACAGGCUCAGUUGAGGAAGUGAUCUUUUAGGUACGCAAAGUUAAGCACACUCAUUUAUGAGUGUACUAAAAGGGUAUUAAUGAAAAGUUGACUAUUAUCUAUUGCUGGUGUUCAGUUGUUCACUAAUUGCCAUUUGUGAUGUUAUUGAGCUAUGUUGCAUCAAUAUGUAUGUGUAUUUUUUUUUUUAUUGAUGGAGCUAUAUUGAUUAAGUGUAUCAGAUACAUUGUAUAUUUCAGAUAUUGUUUGGUUUUUACAUGUAAUAGGUACGCAACAUUUCAAAAGGCUGAAAAGCACAUCAUGGUACUGCCACACUGCAGCUUUGCCUGGCAGCUUAGUAAAUGUACUUUAUUAUCAGGUAUGCAUUUAGCUGCUUUUACAUUCAUGUAGCAGUAUAAUCAAAGUCUGGACGCUGCAUGGGACAACUUCAUGCCAAGAGACACUUGUAAAUAUUCAAAUGACUAUUUUGAUCUGUUAAAUUAUAUCGUUUAAGUAUGGUUCUGUGAUGAUUGGCGACACCAUUAAGUGACAGCAUGAGGAAAUUUUAUAGCUUGUUUGUAUUGAGGAAAUAAUGAAACUUUAAAAGUCAGUGGAAUACAUGCUGUUUUCUAAAUGCAUUUUUAAUUAAAGAAAGUUUAAAGGAGGAUUAUUAACAUUUAAAAGGCUAAUGCAGGAAUAUGUAUCACUUUGGAUUUCUUUAGCACUAUUUAAAAUGUGAGGUUUAAAUAAGGACUGUGGAUGGAGUCCCAGUGUUGUCCGUGUUUGCUUGUAAUGGUACAUUGUGUUGGUACAGGUUCCAUAUUGAGAAGAUUCUUGUUAUAGUUAAUAUCAUGGUGAAACUUUGUAUGUUUUGUUUCUCCCUCUAACCAAAUUCUGUGUAUUUAAUUGUAAAUAAGAAUGAAUUUUGCAUUUGUUUAUUUCAUCAUAAUCUUUGUAUUGUGGUAUUUGCUUCUUAAACAAUAUAGUCAUGCUGGACUAAUAUAA